CCUUGGUCUGGCUCACCUUCGCAGCUCCGGUAAUUUGCUGCAUGCAGGUCGAAAUAAGCACCGUUGAGCUUCGGAGACAGGACACGCAAACUUGUUCGCACAGUCUCAAGAGUUCUUAACAAUUAUCGGCGACAAACUAAACGUAAUUUUUAUCCCAGGAGUCAAAUGGACUGGAAAACAUCGGUUUUGUCUUCCCAGGGGGAUAGAUAGAUAGGAGUAUGACUCCAAAAAAUAAACAAGGACUACGUACUGCUGAUAUUUAAAGCAAGGCGCGCUUAUACGUCAGGUGAAGUCGAUUUUGCCAUGUGCAACAACCCACACAGAGGAAGUAUGAGUUAUUUUCAGCGGCCAGCCUGAUUUUAGACAAAAGUGAACUUUGUUACCGUCUUCGCUGCAUCGGAAAAGUGAUGGAGAUCUUUAUUGACUGCUUUGUGUCAACCGGUCCAGGCAUAUUGCAUAUUGGCAAUCGAGGAUGAGUGGUUUGUCAACAGGCAUUUAAACAUUUUUGAAGGAUAUAAAUCCCAAAACAUUCACGUGGAUAUCGCUAAGCUCCGCAAGCACACCAAGUGAAGUGGAUAUUUCAGAGAUGACUGUUGGAGUAGGAUUUUGCCUCAUUUUUCUGUCCCUGAAGCUCCACUUCUCAGCUUCAACUCAGAGUAAUCACGUUGUGCUGUUAGACACCACCUCUGUACUUGGAGAAUUGGGUUGGAAAAUGUAUCCCAUUAAUGGGUGGGAUGCCAUUACUGAGAUGGAUGAGCACAACAGACCCAUACACACCUUCCAGGUGUGCCACGUGAUGGAGCCCAACCAGAACAACUGGCUGCGCUCCAACUGGAUCUUCCGCGAGGCCGCGCAGAAGGUCUACGUGGAGCUACGCUUCACGCUGCGCGACUGCAACAGCAUCCCGUGGGUCUCGGGCACCUGCAAAGAGACCUUCAACUUGUUCUACAUGGAGAGUGAUGAGGCCCACGGCAUCAAGUUCAAGUCUAGCCAGUACACUAAGAUUGACACCAUCGCAGCCGAUGAGAGCUUCACACAGAUGGACCUUGGGGACCGCAUCCUCAAGCUCAACACUGAAGUGCGUGAGGUGGGGCCCAUCACCAGGAAAGGCUUCUAUCUUGCCUUCCAGGACAUCGGGGCCUGCAUCGCUCUGGUGUCCGUCAGGGUCUACUACAAAAAGUGUCCUUUCACCUUCCGGAACCUAGCCACCUUCCCAGACACCAUCCCGAGAGUGGACUCGUCCUCGCUUGUGGAGGUGCGUGGCGCAUGUGUGACAAAUGCCGAGGAGCGAGACCCACCCAAACUGUACUGCGGGGCAGAUGGCGACUGGCUCGUUCCCCUCGGCCGCUGUGUGUGCAGUGUGGGCUAUGAGGAGUUGGAUGGAGCCUGCAUUGCUUGUCGGCCAGGCUUCUACAAGGCUUUUGCUGGGAAUAUCAAGUGUGCUAAGUGUCCCCCACACAGUUACAGUUAUGAUGAUGGGUCCCAGUUGUGCUACUGUGAGAAAGGCUACUUCAGGGCAGAUAAAGACCCCCCCUCAAUGGCAUGCACUCGGCCUCCUUCUCCCCCGAGGAACGUAGUGUUCAACAUCAACGAGACCUCUCUCUUCCUGGAGUGGAGCCCGCCGAGCGACACGGGCGGCCGGAAGGACUUGACCUACAACGUCCUGUGCAAGCGCUGCGGGCCAGAUCAGCAGCACUGCGAGCUGUGUGGGGGGGAGCUGCGCUUCGUGCCACGUCCACAGGGCCUGACCAACGCCUCCAUCACCGUGCUGGACUUCACCGCCCACGCCAACUACACCUUCGAGAUCGAGUCCCAGAACGGCGUGUCCGACCUCAGCUCCUUCCCCAGGCCUGUGGCUGCCAUCACCAUCAGCACCGACCAAGGGGGUCCCUCUCUGGUGGGCAUGGUGCAGAAGGACUGGGCGUCCCAGAACAGUAUCGCCCUCUCCUGGAAAGAAGCGGAACAGCCCUUGUUGCCCGUGCUGGACUAUGAGAUCAAGUACUAUGAAAAGGAGCACGAACAGCUCAGCUACUCCUCCACGCGCAGCAAGGUGCCCAGUGUCAUCAUCGCCGGACUCAAGCCGUCCACCAUCUACGUCUUCCACAUCCGCGCGCGGACCCCCGCCGGCUACACCAGCUACAGCCCCAAGUUUGAGUUUGAGACGGGAGACGAAGCUUCAGACAUGGCCGCUGACCAGGGCCAGGUGUUGGUCAUUGUCACAGCUUCCGUCGGCGGCUUCACCCUGCUGGUCAUCCUGACACUGUUCUUACUCAUCACAGGACGGUGUCAGUGGUACAUAAAAGCCAAGAUGAAGUCGGAUGACAAGCGGAGGGCUCAGUAUCAGAAUGGUCAUGUAGUGCCUUUCCCUGGUAUAAAGACAUACAUCGAUCCCGACACCUAUGAGGAUCCCACCCAGGCUGUGCAUGAAUUUGCCAAAGAGAUUGACACGUCACGCAUUCGCAUUGAGCGAGUGAUUGGUGCAGGUGAAUUCGGGGAGGUGUGCAGCGGGCGCCUGCGCACCCCGGGGAAGAAGGAGAUCCCUGUGGCCAUCAAGACGCUGAAGGGGGGCUACGUGGAGCGCCAGAGAAAGGACUUCCUCCGGGAGGCCAGCAUCAUGGGACAGUUUGACCACCCCAACAUCAUCAGGCUGGAGGGCGUGGUGACAAAAAGUCGGCCCGUGAUGAUCGUGGUGGAGUACAUGGAAAAUGGCUCCUUAGAUUCUUUCCUGAGAAAGCAUGAUGGGCACUUCACCGUCAUCCAGCUGGUGGGGAUGCUGCGUGGCAUCGCCUCGGGCAUGAAAUACCUCUCAGACAUGGGCUACGUCCACAGAGAUCUGGCCGCCCGCAACAUCUUGGUCAACAGCAACCUGGUGUGUAAAGUGUCUGACUUCGGCCUGUCCAGGGUGCUGGAGGACGACCCCGAGGCUGCCUACACAACCACUGGAGGGAAAAUCCCCAUAAGGUGGACUGCACCAGAAGCCAUCGCCUACAGGAAGUUCUCGUCAGCCAGCGAUGCUUGGAGCUAUGGCAUUGUCAUGUGGGAGGUGAUGUCAUAUGGAGAACGGCCUUACUGGGAGAUGUCCAACCAGGAUGUGAUCCUGUCCAUAGAGGAGGGCUACCGGCUGCCCGCCCCCAUGGGCUGCCCCGUGGCACUGCACCAGCUCAUGUUGCACUGCUGGCAGAAGGAGCGCAACCACCGGCCCAAGUUCACAGACAUCGUCAGCUUCCUAGACAAGCUCAUCCGCAAUCCCAGCAGCCUGCUCACACUGGUGGAGGACAUCCAGGGAUUACCAGAGUCUCCAGGAGAUGUCCCUGAUUACCCAAUGUUCAUUUCCAUUGGUGACUGGCUGGACUCCAUCAAAAUGAGCCAAUACAAAAAUAACUUUUUGGCUGCCGGCUUCACCACACUGGACUCUGUCACCACCAUGAGCAUCGAAGAUGUCAGGCAAAUUGGAGUUACAUUGAUUGGACACCAGAGACGAAUAGUCAGCAGUAUACAGACUCUGAGACUGCAGUUGCUCCAAGUUCAAGAGAAGGGAUUCCAUGUAUGAGAUUGUAAACAAGACAAUACAAGCCUGUGCCUCAGCCAUCUUCCUCACAAGCAGACUUACGUUCUUAGCAGGUGCAAGGCGGCACUUUUCCUGCAGACAGUGGACUGGCUUGCUUACUUCACGUGUGCAACCUCAGUUACCAAGACUGCUUGUUUUACAUCCAGCAGCUUCUGACUGACAAUAGAGCCUGAACUUCGGCAGACUGGCAUGUCAAAAGGAAAAAAAAUAAGUAAGUCUUGUUUGCAGUAAAAGUAUGUCUAUACCAAGCAACAGUAUCAGUAUUUAGAACUGUAGAUUUGAGAACGUAAUCUACAAUUAUUCUCCAUGUUUUGUGACCACGUAGCUGCUAACAGAUGUGCAAUCUGAAGGAUUGUCCGUAAUAUAAAUUAUUUUAAGGUUCAACAAGUAAACAUCAUGAGGCAUCUUGCAAAUUUAUUUGAUCCCAGACGUUCUGGUUUGCGUAUACUUGAAAAGUAAGGAGAGAUGAUGUUGAAGAAUGUUAAUGACUUUGAAGUGUAUAGUCCAUUUAUCAAUUAUAAUCUAAAUAUAUUUAUAUGUGCAGUCCUGUAUGUGAGAGCCCUAGUAAAUGUUAUUUUUAUUUUCUUAUUUAAAUCAGCAAUAUAUGCAGUUUCAGUGACAAAUAUGGGAGAAAAAAUGAGUACUGUAGGCCCUACACUUUCUUAUUUAGCAAUGGACGUUGAGAGUAGAGCAGUGGCCUCAGCCAGCGGCUGUUCAGAGUGUAGUAGUCAUGGCCAACGUGAGAGUACAGUGUUUGCUGUAGUCAUGGAGCUUUUCCCUUGUGGAUAUGUAAUGUGCAGUAACGAGAUCUAAAUGUCCAUAUAUAGAGGGUCAUGUGUACAUAAUCUGGAAAAUUUUGAACCGAAAAUAAUGUCAGCAUACAAGAUUCAAGAGGGAGUUCUGUUCAGGCAUCCAUACAACACCACUUCAGCUGGGCACCCUAUGUGGUCCUGCCCAUCACAGACAACAACGGAGUUGGAAACAAAAUAGUAGAAGCCAGGCAGCAAGAUGCCCACCUCUGGAAUACAUCAGAACCUGAGACCGUGUCCCAUCCUCCCCACCGCCCCAACAGAAGAGGAAGCGUGCCAUAACCCCCCACGUGUCCACAGAUGACCGCCACAUGUCAUGGAUUACAUGGACAACACUUACAUACCUCUGCUCCGCGGCAGCAGGAGCCCACUCACCGCGGGAGAAGUCCGAGGUCUCUGAACUGUGCUAGCUGACCCAGCGGGGUGAGGAGACAUUGUUUGGCAUGUCGCUGCUGAGCAAAAGGAGACCGCUAGUUGUUUUGUACAAAGUACAAGUAAUUACUAAGUCUUGCAUUUUAUUUUUCUAUGAUUUCCAAAGAGACAUUGUAGAUCUUACACACUGUAAGAGCUGGAUGAUGAGGAUAUUUAUUUGCAAAUAAAGGUGAACAUUUCUGAUGGUGACAUGACUACCAUCUAAAUGCAUCAUUGUUAGUAUGUCACUGUAAAAUUAUAUUAAGGUAUAGCCAGUGGGUGUGACCCUUCAAAAAGGUGAGUAACACUUAGGUGAUUAAAUUCCCAUGUGAAUUAUCUGCUGUAAAGUACAUUUGUAGAUGUUCAUGUGCUUUUAGUAGACUCCAUCCAGGGCCCUUUUGAUGUCAACAGAAUGGGAAUCUUAGAUCUAGCAUCGCCCUCUGGUGGAGAUAAAUUGUAAAAGUUGCAGGCAGUAGGGUACUGUUCAUUUGCAUUAACUCCUCAUUCAUACAUUUGCUAGUUGAUUUGUUCAUUAAAGUAUUUAUUUCUAAAAGAUUUAAAGCUUGAGUUGAUUAGACUGCUCAAACCACUAUGCUGUACAUGCCUUUUAUGAAUGUGAUAAAAAAAAAAAAUUGUCAGGUAUUCUGAAGAUACAAAACCGUAUGAGACACUAGACACCAUAUAACACACUGGGUAAGAGAUUGGGAUAUGAAGUUCUGCCAGUGUUGCAGAUUGUUUCUAUAUCGGCUUUCGUCUUUUGGUUUCUUUUUGCAUCUCUCCUUCUUGACACAAAACUAUCUCUGGACACUAUGCAAACAUUUCGCUCACAGAGCAGUGCUGUCCGUCCAGAAAUGUUGUAACAUGUUGUGAACUUCAAAUUAUUUUUGUCAUUGGCUUCCACUGAUGAAUAAAUUCGCCUGUAUCAAUA